GCUGCAGAAAGCAAACAGUUGAAUUGAACGCGUCGACGACGUCGCGGCAGGAAGAAACCGUUCAUACCAAACACGUGCUUAUAAUUCAAAUGAAAUAUAUCAUAUAACUGUUAUGAUAGUCCGCGAUGUGAUUCAUAUCAGUUUAAAUUAAUCAAAGAUUGAAAGUAAAAGUGAUCGUAAUGUGUUCGAUAUUAUUAUUAUGUAGUUAAUCUUGAUCUAUCACUGGGAAUAUGACUUUAGCUACCUUUAAACUGCUCUUCUGGACAUGUUUCCUGAGUUAUUGCUUGACCGGAGCGUGGACGGCGGUGGCGCCUCCGCCAUGGGCAAAUCCAAUGCUCAAUCCUUGCGCAAAUCAACCCCGUGGUUGGCAACUGCUUUACUGGCCUGACGACGGCAAGUGUUACAAAAUAUUUCAGAAAGGUUAUCCUUGCCCAGAAGACAUGGAACUGAGUCCUGAAGCAAGUGGUUCUGGUCAACAGCAAAAAUUAAACGCACAAUGCAAAUGUCCGCCGAAUACCGCACAAUCGGCAAGAGACGGUCGUUGCUACGAACUGUUCACCACUGGGCCCUGCGAAAAGUAUCAUUAUUUUGCCCCUGACAUUGCUAGAACUACAAAAGACAGACGAGAAUGGGGCAAGUGCCAAAUGAUGGAAAGUUGCUCGAACAUAAAUCAAUUAUUUUGGCCUAAAACGGGCAAGUGCUAUGAAAGAUUAACGCGUGGUCCUUGUGCGAAAGGGCAGUUGCUCACCAUGGACUCGCACGGCCUCUCAGUUUGCAAAUGCAACAACAAGCAAGAGCUCACCGACUACUUUUACGGUCAAAAACAUGGCUGUUUUGAGCACUUUACGAAAGGCCCGUGUAAAGAAGUUGGGCAAAUUUUCUUACCGGACAAAACUUGCGGGUGCCAUACAUUUCUGCCGCAUUAUCAUGAUGACACUGAUCUCUGUUUUGAAAUAGGUACAAUUGGUCCAUGCGCCCCAGGCGAAAGUUUUCAAUUGGAUUCAAGUCGUCAAAAAGGGGUGUGUGCUUGCAAAACAGGCCAUAUCCGCUAUGAAAGUAAUGGACAUUGCUACUAA